AUGCUGCAGCUGAAAUGGAAUGUGAAGGGACGCAUCUUAAGGCCGCUGCUGCAAAGCCUGAAGGAUGCUUGGGUUGCUUCCGAAUGCAAAUUGACUGCUGAGGAUUUGCUCUCGGACUCCAUGCGUGAACAGGCCAUGCAGAACCUUUCUAAGGGGGAACCAGCCAAGGAGAUCCUCAUUCCAGUAGCAAAGCGCCAUUAA